CUGUGGAGGCGCGGGGCCGCGGCGGGCUAGGGCGCCGCACGGGAGCAGCGCCGGGCUGCGGACGACGCUCGGGACGGGCCCAAGGAGCCGCUCCUCCCCGACCGAUGUCCGCAAGAUGGAGGCGGCGGGGGCGACGGCGUGAGGAGGGCGGCGCGGAGAGCGCGGGAGCAGGCCGGCGGGCGGCGGGGGCGGCGGGAUGGGGCUGCUGCUCAUGAUCCUGGCGUCGGCCGUGCUGGGCUCGUUCCUCACGCUGCUCGCACAGUUCCUGCUGCUCUACCGCAGACAGCCCGAGCCGCGGGCGGACGAGGCGGCCCGCGCGGGCGACGGCUUCCGCUAUCUCAAGCCGGUGCCGGGCCUGCCCCUUAGGGAGUACCUCUAUGGCGGCGGCUCGGAGGAGCCCGCGGCCGGGUCGUCCGAGGCCACCCCGACCCCCGACAGCCCGGCCCCGCCGACGCGGGAGACCUGCUACUUCCUCAACGCCACCAUCCUGUUCCUGUUCCGGGAGCUGCGGGACACGGCGCUCGCCCGCCGCUGGGUCACCAAGAAGAUCAAGGUGGAGUUCGAGGAGCUGCUGCAGACCAAGACGGCCGGCCGCCUGCUGGAGGGGCUGAGCCUGCGCGACGUGUUCCUGGGCGACACGGUGCCCUUCAUCAAGACCAUCCGCCUGGUGCGGCCCGUGGUGGCCUCGGGCACCGGCGAGCCCGACGGCCCCGACGGGGACGCGCUGCCCGCCACCUGCCCCGAGGAGCUGGCCUUCGAGGCAGAGGUGGAGUACGAUGGCGGCUUCCACCUGGCCAUCGACGUGGACCUAGUGUUCGGCAAGUCCGCCUACCUGUUCGUCAAGCUGUCGCGGGUGGUGGGCCGGCUGCGUUUCGUCCUCACCCGCGUGCCCUUCACCCACUGGUUCUUCUCCUUCGUGGAGGACCCGCUGAUUGACUUCGAGGUGCGCUCCCAGUUCGAGGGCCGGCCCAUGCCCCAGCUCACCUCCAUCAUCGUCAACCAGCUCAAGAAGAUCAUCAAGCGCAAGCACACCCUGCCCAGUUACAAGAUCAGGUUUAAGCCGUUUUUUCCAUACCAAGCCUUGCAAGGAUUUGAAGAAGAUGAAGAACUUAUUCAUAUUCAACAGUGGGCACUUACUGAAGGCCGGCUGAAAGUUACAUUGUUAGAAUGUAGCAGGUUGUUCAUUUUUGGAUCCUAUGACAGAGAAGCAAAUGUUCAUUGCACACUUGAGUUGAGCAGUGGUGUUUGGGAAGAAAAACAAAGGAGUUCUAUUAAGACGGUUGAAUUAAUAAAAGGGAAUUUACAGAGUGUGGGACUUACACUUCGUCUUGUUCAGUCAACUGAUGGGUAUGCUGGGCAUGUCAUAAUUGAAACCGUGGCCCCAAACUCACCUGCUGCAAUUGCAGAUCUUCAGCGAGGAGACCGGCUUAUUGCAAUUGGAGGUGUGAAAAUCACAUCGACACUGCAGGUGUUGAAGCUUAUCAAGCAGGCUGGUGACCGAGUCCUGGUGUACUAUCAAAGACCUGUCGGCCAGAGUAACCAAGGGACCGUGCUGCCAGACAGUUUGGGCCAGUUGGAAGAAAACUUUUUGUCAAGUGCCUGCCAGCCAGGUUAUGAAGAAGAAGCUGCUGGGUUGCCAGUGGAUACUGAAAAUAGAGACCUUGAUUCGGAAUUUGAAGACUUGGCAAGUGAUGUCAGAGUACAAACAGAGUUCAAAGAGGAGGCACAACCCUUGAGUCCCAGUCCCAAGCGCACUCCAACAACGCUUUCUAUUAAACCCCUUGGCGCUAUAUCCCCAGUUUUAAAUCGUAAAUUAGUUUCAGGAAUCCAUCCACCACCACAAAAGCUUCCAUCUAAAGAAGGAAAUAAACCAUCAGCUCUAAAAACUUCAGAGGCCACAGAAGCAGCACCAGUGUCCAAACCCCAGGGAUCUACUUUCAAACCACCUGUGCCACCACGACCACAAGUGAAAAUUGCUUUGCCUUCUACUGACACUCCAACUCAGGCAGACCCGGAUGCUGUUGAGAAGCCAGAGAAGGUGCUGCUCCCUCCUCCUCCUGCAGAGAAACCUGAAAAGCAAGUGAAGAGCGUGGAUCAUGGAGAAGAUGGGGCAACAGGUAAGCUGUCUUCAGCAAAGCAAGAAGUAGUAAAAGAUGUUACUUCAGAAAGUUCUGGUCCUACUAAGGAUACUUCGGACGACCAUCAGAUGUGGGAAUCAUCAGAGGUUCUUUAUCGUAAUAAGGUGGGAAAGUGGUCAAGAACCAGAGCAUCCUGUUUGUUCGACAUAGAAGCCUGCCACAGGUACCUGAACAUUGCACUGUGGUGCAGGGAUCCUUUCAAGUUAGGAGGCCUCAUCUGUUUGGGACAUGUUAGUUUAAAACUUGAAGAGGUGGCUUUAGGUUGCCUGGCUACAUCAAACAUGGAAUACCUUUCAAAGUUCAGACUGGAAGCCCCUGCUCCUAAGGCCAUGGUCACUAGAACUGCACUGCGCAAUCUGAGUAUGCAAAAGGGCUUCAAUGACAAAUUUUGUUUUGGUGACAUUACUAUUCAUUUCAAAUAUUUGAAGGAAGGAGAACCAGACCACCACAUUGUUCCUAACAUAGAGAAAGAAAAAGAACUCCAUUUGAUUGAGGAAGUUUCACCAUUCCCUAAAGAGGAACAUUUUGUGGGACAGAUGAGUUUGUCAGAAAAUAAACAUAGUUUCCAGGAUACUCAGUUCCAAAACCCAACUUGGUGCGAUUACUGUAAGAAAAAAGUCUGGACAAAAGCUGCUUCCCAGUGUAUGUUCUGUGCUUAUGUUUGUCAUAAAAAGUGUCAAGAAAAGUGUCUAGCUGAGACACCUCUUUGUGGAGCAACUGAGAGGCGAGUAGACCGAACCCUGAAAAACCUCAGGUUGGAGGGACAGGAACCACUCAUGGGCCUUCCCCCUCGUGUGGAGAUGGAAGCUAACAAGUCAGUCCAUAAAACAACAGGCUUGACAAGGCACAUUAUUAAUACUAGCUCUCGUUUACUAAAUUUGCGUCAAGUCUCUAAAACUCGUGUUUCUGAACCAGGAACAGAUCUUGUGGAACCAUCACCAAAGCACACACCCAACACAUCAGACAAUGAAGGAAGUGACACAGAGGUGUGUGGUCCAAACAGCCCUUCCAAACGAGGGCACGGUGCAGGAAUAAAGUUGGUGAGAAAGGAAGGUGGGCUGGAUGACAGUGUUUUCAUUGCAGUGAAAGAAAUCGGCCGUGAUCUGUAUAGAGGCUUGCCAACAGAAGAAAGGAUCCAAAAGCUAGAGUUCAUGCUGGAUAAACUGCAGAAUGAAAUUGAUCAGGAGUUGGAACACAAUAAUUCCCUUGUUAGAGAAGAAAAAGAAACAACUGAUACAAGGAAAAAAUCACUUCUUUCUGCUGCCUUGGUUAAAUCGGGUGAAAGACUACAAGCUCUGACACUCCUCAUGAUCCACUACAGGGCAGGCAUUGAAGAUAUUGAGACCCUAGAGAGCCUGUCUUUAGACCAGCACUCGAAAAAGGUAAACAAGUACACAGACGAUGCGGAAGAAGACCUUGAUAGUGAAAUAAGCCAACUGAUCGACUCUCAGCCGUUCAGCAGCAUCUCGGAUGACUUGUUUGGCCCAUCAGAGUCUGUGUAGCAGACAAAUUAAACUUUGAAGUGGUUGGGGACAAAGUGGAUCUGGCGUGCCACAGAUACAGCCAUGUUUCAGUUCUCUUGUGGUGCGCUUUGGCCUGCUUCUACAGUUGCUUGCUUGUAUAAGAAUGAAAGGUGGUUUUCCAGCAGAAACAUGACGAGCU